AUGACAUCCUGUCAGCUGUCGCUUCCGGGUGCGGUGAAACAGCGGAGAAGUCGGAAAACACCGGACAUACACGGAUUAGUUUAAAUGAGGAGUCAGGAGGACACGGCGGCUCCGUCCUCUGCGGAAUCACGGACGUACACGAACGUAGGUUGAACGUUUUUGUUUUUUAAUUUCGGAGUCAGUGAGCGAAGUUUCUGCGGAUCUGAGCCGUGUUUAUGUCCGAAGGUUAGCUUAAAGCCCGAGUAGCGUUUAGCUGCUAAACGCAGACAUACAGACGUCUCUGUCCGGGCAAACGAGUCGUGCUGUCACCGACAUUGUUAAUUCACACUCGUCUGUGGACCAGGGAGAAUCACCGAGAGGGUUUGACUGCACCUGAGGAGCGACCACAGUUUGUUUUGGAGGUCAACAACACGGACGGAGAAACUCGUCGGUUCCCUACAAACGUCCAGGGCGUCGAAUGUGCUAAACAACAUGGACGUGACGUGGACUUCAGGCAGCUCACAGAAACCACAGCAGGAACUGAGUAAAUAACAUUUCCCUCUGUCAGCUGCUGACGGGACACUUCCACGGGAUCCUGUGUUUGGCUGAAGAGGAGGAGGAAGUCUUUCUCUCUGUGUUCUCGCUCAGCUCGUCUUCACUCCCACUCAGCUCCUCGGUUCAACAGUGAAGGAUGAAUGGCCUUUCUUUCAGCGAGCUCUGCUGCCUGUUCUGCUGCCCGCCAUGUCCCAGCCGCAUCGCGGCCAAGCUCGCCUUCUUACCUCCCGAGCCCACCUACACGUUCCUCCCCGACCCAGAGGCGGGCCCUGCCUCAACAGGGCCAACGGGGGCAACGGGGGCAUCGAACCCGCGGACACGGAGUGGAGCAUCUGUUGCUGGAAGCGGAGGGUCCGGGGAUGUGGAAGGUAGAUGGAAGCUUCACCUGUUGGAGAGAGCAGAGUAUCAGUACACGCAGAGGGAGCUGGACAUGACGGAGGUGUUCCUCACUCGAUCCAGCCGGGGGAACAGAGUCGGCUGCAUGUACAUUCGCUGUGUCCCUAAUGCCAGGUUUACAGUGCUUUUCUCUCAUGGUAAUGCAGUGGACCUCGGCCAGAUGAGCAGCUUCUACAUCGGCCUUGGCACUCGCAUCAACUGCAACAUCUUUUCCUACGACUACUCCGGCUAUGGAGUCAGCACUGGCAAACCCUCUGAGAAGAACCUCUAUGCAGACAUAGACGCUGCCUGGCAUGCCCUGCGCACACGGUAUGGUAUAAGCCCAGAGAAUAUAAUCCUGUAUGGACAAAGCAUCGGUACAGUUCCUACUGUAGACCUGGCGUCGCGGUAUGAGUGUGCUGCCGUUGUUCUUCACUCCCCUCUAACGUCUGGCAUGAGAGUGGCCUUUCCUGACACAAAGAAAACCUACUGCUUCGACGCUUUCCCCAACAUUGAGAAAGUGUCCAAAAUCCCGUCUCCAGUGCUCAUCAUCCACGGGACCGAGGACGAGGUGAUCGACUUCUCCCACGGCCUGGCUCUGUUCGAGCGCUGCCCCAAGGCCGUGGAGCCUCUCUGGGUCGAGGGAGCGGGACACAAUGACAUUGAAUUAUACAGCCAGUAUCUGGAGCGCCUGCGCCGCUUCAUAGGACAGGAGUUGGCGAUACAACAUGUCUGACCGUCACCAACAUCUUCGCCCUUUUUCCUACUUUGCCCUGAAUGGAAACAUUUUCGAGUGUAAUCUACAGCGUCUCUCAGCUUUCCACGGCACCAGAGGAUGUAAAGUUUCACGUACUGUUUUUAAGGCACAGUAUGCCUCAAGACUCAAAUAGCAUUUAGACUGGGUUUUUUUAGCAAAAACUUGAAAGUACAGAUGCCAUAUGUUAGGUAGCAGCAGAUAUAUUCAUAUAGUCUGCAAUAACAUUGACAGUGUCACAGGAAAAUUACUUUUGUUGAAAUUAGAUGAAAAGAAAAAACUGAACAACAAGUUGUCGGUCAGAUACAUUGUGGUCCACAUGGAGAGUGUCAGCCUACCUUACACCUGAAGUGUGCUGGGGAAUAUUUUGGUUUUCUAAUCACUUAUCAGAACAGCAAACAGGUUUUUAACUAUGAUCACUACAUUGAGCCACCAGGUUUUAUUUGUGGCUUUAGUUAUAAAUAGUAAUAUUGUGUAAAGUACAUUUUUAAAACACAGUUAGUUAGUGAUUUACAAAAAAGAAGAGUAAACUAAAAAGUUGAAGUGAGUUAAAAUAUAUAAACGAUUACGGCAAAAUAAGCUCUCCGAGAGAAGUACGCUUUAAAAGACGAAUCAGACAGUCUUCAACAUUUCCUUGAGCAGGUCGCUCCAGACCUUUAAGGCCCCGAGUAUAAAAUCUCUGUCUCUUAACCUGGUCUUGGGAACAGUUAGAAGACUUCCUGAGGAUUGAAAGGCUUCAUACGGGAUUGAAAGGACAAAAAUAUAAUUUAGGAUCAAUCUUAAAACAAAUAGGAAGCCAGUGUGAAGAGGCUAAAAUGGAUGUAAUUUGAUUGAGCCUCUUAGUUCCAAUUAGAAGCAAGGACAGUCUGAAGCAAUCUAGUCGUUUCAAAGUUGAAUUUGGUUCGUAACAAAAAUGUGUCUAUAGUGAGAUGAAACGAUCUGCUUCCCCUGAAUUUAAAAUGGCUCUAGCAUUUGCAAAAUUUCUGAAUUGAUCAAAACAUGACUAGCUUAUAUAUAUAUAUAUAUAUAUAUAUAUGAGGACAAAAUUGUAAUUAAAAUUGACCCCUGAGGCACACCACACUUGACAUGGGAAAAGGAGCAUCUGUAAACCUAAUACAGUGCAAUAGAAAAGCCCUCCAGAAAAGAAUGUUUCAAAGGUGAUGAUUUGCACAUUUGUUCUACUAAUUGUUGUUAUUCUAUUUCACUUCAUCACUUUGAGAAGUGUUUUUAAAUACCUUGUACCCGUCAUGUAUGUAGAUUUGAAGUGAACACCACUGGUGACGUGUCCUUACUCCCGGGGAAAAAUGUAAACAAUGCAUUCAGAUGAGUUUGUUUUUCGCUGUAUUUGUGUUGUUUUGCUUUGUUUAAGGUAUAGUCAGCUAAAUUUCCCAAACCUUGAGUAUGGUGAGCCAUUAAAGCCUUAUCUGUUGCUCAUAUGGUUUCUCACUGUCGUAUCUCAGUGAUGAAGCGAACUUGGCUGUUGAAGAACGACUGAAAAUACCUCCAGCUCUUUGGUGUAGUGGAACAUCUGAGAGGCUGUUAGCGCCUUCUUGUUGUUGGUCUUAGUUUAUGUCUCACACCAGUCAGUCGCAGCUGUCGGCUAAGUUCCUGUUUCUUCAGUGUCUGGAACGUAGAAGCAACUCUAAAAUUACACAAGUCAUGGUUUAUAUAAACCUGGCCGAUGGUCAUCUUAGUCAUUUGUUCUCCGUGUUAAGGUGGAAAUUUAGUCAAUUUAGAAAUCUCUAAAACUUCAAUUUUGAAUCAAGUAGUUAUUUUAUGUUGAAAUUGUCUAAAAUUGUUAUAGGCUAAGAAAUAAGCUUCACAUUGUGAGUCAUCAUAAGAACUAAAUGUUUACUGAAAUUUGACGACUGGACAGUGUCUGGCUCUUCGUCAUAUAUAAUUCAAACAGCCAUUUCCUUUCCAGCACUGUAUUGUACACAAAAGAGCAAACUGUCUCAGAUUUUUGGUGGAAAUAUUACUGAUCGGUUCUUGUAUUCAAAGGGAACAGGUAUAUGUUUUUUUUCCGCUAGCUGCCCUUUGUAAGUAAUGAAGAUAAAUCAUCAUCUUCAGACAUCUGCCCUCCAUUGCUCUCACUAACAAAAAUAAGUGCAAAAGCAGUUUUACCUUUAACCAAACUGAUAUAUUUAAAUCUUAGCGAGUGAGUGUUGCAUUGUUAAACGUUUGAGGUUACGGCUUUUCUGUUUGAUUGUUUUCAAAGAAGAGUCAGGAUUUUCAGGCUUUCUUGUCAAUGUAUGAACCAAAGUCUGACUUUUAUUUGUGUUCUACCAAGUUUACCUGCUUUUCAUGUUUGUAUCUUUGUAACCAAAGACAAUAAUGUUCAAGUUUAA